AAUAUUCUAUGGUGGUGUGGACAACAAUCAAUCAAGUGAAUUGAUUUUCAUUUUAUCCAUUUUUGCGUGGAUUUACAAGAUUUUAAUGUGAAAUAACUUGAUGUAGCCCGUCGUUUAUUGCGUGUAAGAUAUUCUGAUUGCUUUAUUCAAGAUUUAAUAAGCGAUCAUCGUCCAAAAUGCCUGCCGUUACAUCAACCACAGCCGAGGAACAAAAUGAUCAAGAACAGAAGAUGUGGAAUGCUUUGAAACGGCAUAUUAUACGGGAGAGGCAGAGAAAGAAAGAAGAAUAUGAAGCAGAAGUUGAAGAGGAACGGCUACGGAAGGAGCGUGAAGCUAGGGAAAGACAAGAUGUUAUGACUUUGGAGGAAACAAAAGAGCAGAUUGAGCAGCUUGAACAAAAGCUAAAGCAGCUGGAGAAGGAGAAACAGCAGCUGUUUAUGCAGCUGAAGAAAGUCCUCAACGAGGAUGAGAUCAGGAAACGUCAGCAGCAAAAGGAAACUAAUGAGAUGCAACCAAUGAAGAUGCAGAUGAGCAACAUGCAGAUGCCGAUGAUGCCAAUGGGCAUGUCUGGCCAGCCUGAGCCUCCGCCAGCGCCUGGCCGACCACCGCCACUCACCUCGCAUAUGCUCAACAAGCAAACCAUCGUACGUGGUCCCAUUCAAACCGGCGUGAAACGAACGCGCAGUCCAUCGCCUACCUAUGCACUGUACGCACAUAGAUUACAUCAACCUAUGAAGCAUCAACAAGUUUAUUCUGACCACAAAGUAGAGGACGGGCGCAGGGGCCCACAGAUGGCACGCGCCGUAUUGUGGAACAAACCGUCACAGUACGCGUCCAACGUGGGCGGUCAGUCGGUCUCAUCGGCGGCGUACUACGCGAUGCCCACGUCAGGGGUCGUGGGCGUCGUGGGCGAGCGCCCCCCGCCGUUGUUGUACGCGCACCACGCGCACACGCCACACACGCCGCACACGCCGCACCACGCUAACCUCAUGUAUGCGCCCGCGCCGCAGCCGCCUCAACUCUACCUAGACAUGUUGAAGAAUAGAGACGGCCAGCAGCAUCAGGAACCUAAGAAGGAACAGCCACAGGUCCUGAUAGGUCUGAGCGAGGCUCACCACCCCGCAGUGAGCAGUGGCGUGGUGUACGCGACCCCUCCGCCGGUGUCCAGACACAUCGCCAUUCACACGCAACAUACCACUAUUCAGCAAUCGAAACCCGGCAGCAUUACCCAGGGCUACCCCGUCCAGCAGUCCAACCCUAACGUUCAGAACCAGAAUAUGUAUCCAAACAGACAUCGUUAUUAGCUAGUAAUCAUCAGGCGGCAUCCCGUCAAACAACCACCAUAGCCCAGGUUCAGACCGCCUUGUGCACGCAGGUAAACGUGAGUAAAGGACAGGUUUAUUGAUGGAUUAUCUUCUAAAGCUGGUUCUAAAUAUAAUUUACAUAGUAUUGAUGUAGAAAAGGGUUGGCGCAGCGUCGAAAUGAUUCAAGAUGCAAAGAUGAAUUGAAUUUGUUGAUGAAAGAAUUUACAAAGUUGAAGUUAAAUUUAUGGACAACAACUAACAAAGCAUAUAAUGGAUACCAAUGCGGAAAAGAAAACUAGGAAUAUGGCGAAGCUUUCUGAUGUCAAAAGGACCUAAAUCACCAUAAGCCUUUGAGGGAAUCAAGGUCCUAGUAUUCUAUGGGCAUGCAAAACGGAAAAGAUUAGCAGUGUGACGAAUUUGGGAACAAUUUAACUUGCAGGUGAAAAUAGUUGGAAAUUAUACACAAAGAACUUAGAGAAACAGUUUGGUAAUGAAGAAAGGACGCUGUGUUCCCCAAAUAGUUUCUACACAAUCUUCUACUAACUCCCCAUCCUUAUUCUUCAAAGUCCUAUUCCCCAGUUACAUUAGAAGAAGGAGUGCAAUAGUAUGAAUCUCAGUUGGCCUCCGAAAGAAUAGUGCAUGAAGCGGCAACAGGACACAUAACAGUGACAUAAACAGUACAGUGAUAGUUUAGAUGUUUGGUUGUACGAUACAGUGACUGUUUAAAAGUUCGGUUGUAUGAUACAGUGAUAGUAAAGCUCGACUGUACAAAAGACAUAAAGUGAAUAGAUAAUGCAAGUUGAUCACGUCUAAAUGCCUGCUCUUUUGUCCGAAUUGUGAGAUUUAUUUGGCCUGUAACUAAAUGCUAACCAAACAGUAUGCAUGCGACUUGUUGCCAUGAUAAACGGUUUUAAGAAAUAUUUUGCGAUUUAAUGUGUUAUACAUUUAAAAAACUUAAUAUAACAUAGCAUUGGGCUUAUAUCCCCAAAGGGUUAGGCAGAGGUGUACAGUCAUGAGCAAUAUAAUGUACCCACUUUAGGACUCUGUCGCACUAACAUAUUUGACAUUUAGUGAGACUUACAGUUCAAUUUGUCAAAAAAGGUAAAUGUGACAUGGUACCAAAGUGUAUACAUAUUAAUGCUCGUGACCGUACAGUAUACCUACACACACACUCGUCGCCGCCUAUGUUUCAGUCCUAAGUAAAAGGAGGCGAGACUAUUGCCAUUAACUGGGCCCAAAUUCUGGUAACCACGUGAUAUCAAUAUCUAUGAUCCAAACAUAUCAUGGUAUAAAAACUUGCAUUAUCAUUUCCCUCUAUAUCUUAAUACAGUGACAGUUCAGAAGUUCGGUUGUACAGUGAAGUGACUAUUUAAAAGUUUGGUUGUACAGUACAGAGAUGAACAGAUAUUUAUGUUAUAAGCACAGUUUCAAAACUGAUAAUGUAACAGAUAUUAUUUUAAGUGUUAUUUUUAUUACAUAAAGCAACACUGAUGAGUACUUGAAAUUGUGUGCGUACAUUCAAACACUCUGUAAAUAAAAUAUUUUGUAGGUAUUCUUUAUGAUGAAAAGUCCAAGAUUUUUGUCAAGAAUUGAUUAAUUUAUAAGAAUUAAUAAUUAUAUAUGAGAAAAGAUGUUGAACGCAACCUAAGUAUUUACCAGUGUUGCCAAAAAAAACAUAUAAUGUACAAUAUAAAUAUCAUUUACUUAAUCAAAAUGUAUAGAUGUUUAUUCGAUUCUACUUGAUGUACAUUUGCAUAACCGCAUAUUUUAUUAAGAUCAAAUAUACAAGUCCGUAGAAUAUCUUUUGAAACAGACAUACAUACAUAAAUACCUACUGUAGCAUUUGAUGUUAAUAUUUAAAUAGUACUAGUAUGCAUUAAAUGUGUAUCUACAAACGAUAAAUGUAACGACUUAUUGUUAUUCUCCGCAUAUGCAAUAUAAAUAAAAAUAGGAAGUGUUAUAAUACAGUAUCUAACUACAGGGGUUUCAUCAACACAAUCUUCAGAAUAAAAAUAUUAUACACAUACAUAUACGUACUUAAAUUCACGCCUGCACUGGGGUAAGCAGACUCUGGAAUUCCAUUUGCUUUAGUCCUGACACACUUCUCUUGCUUCCUCCACAUUCAUCAAUCAAUCCAUCUUCAAUUUGGUCAAUGUACGUCCUUCUAGGUCUUCCUCUACCAGCCCUACCUCCAACCUUCGCUUUGUAUACUGCUUUCAAAUAUUAUAAAUUAAUACAUAUACAUUUAUGUACGUAUAUGUCAUGGUCAUGUCUGACGGUUUCUGGUCCUUUUAACACAUUACAUUUAGUACCAACGCCGGAGACCGUAUUACUUAUCGAAAUAAGCGCCAUCUAAAGAAGGUAUGGAGCAUAUUCCACCACGCUGCUCCAUUGCGGGUUGGUGGAGGUGCUUUUACGGCUAAUAGCCGGGAUUAACUGCUUAACGUGCCCUCCGGACGUGCCUUUUCGGACAAUCAGGUGAUACAAGCCUGCAAAGUCCUUACCAAACAAAGGACAGUCUCACAAAAUGAUUUCGACAAUGUCCCCAUCGGGAAUCGAACCCGGUCCUCCAGAUCGUCUAGUGAGAAGUGUCAUCUAGUGACAAUUAUUAUUUAUCAUCCAACAUCCAAUUCAACCAAAUUUUUUCAUAAGUGUAUUGUGGAAACCCUAUUGCAGCCCAGAGGGACAACUAAUUGUACAAAACAUUUACCGCUUCUUCUUUGUGUCGGUAUAUAAAUAGCAAAAAAGAAAAAUAAAAAGUUACUAAUCAAA